AUGGAAGAGACUAAAUUUCAUUAAUUCAAGAAUUCUUUUAUUUAGAAGAAUCAAAAUUAAAAUUCUGAAAGACUAAUAAAGAUCAAUAGUCAAUAUUCUCAAUAUCAAUCUCAAAGUUAGAGAGUAAAAACAGAAAUCAAUUAACCUUGUUUAAGUUCAAGAUUAGAAAAGUCUAAAACAAUUUCUUAGUCUGUAAGAAAUUUAAUAAUUAUUAAAGACUUAUUAUUAAUCACCUUUAUUGAGAGAUGGACAGCUGGAUUAAAUUGAUAAAUUAAAGAGGAUGGAUAAAAAUGAUUUUUUUGGUUAACUGAAUAGUUAGGAUCCAUAUAGAUAUCCUAAAAAACUGGAGGAAUUACCAUGGAGUUCAUCAAAAAGUAUAAUAUAGCAAUAGAGAAGAUAGAGAUUUCCUAAGCUAAGGUUGUUCUACCAAUAGAUUAAAUAGAUAAGGUUAUUCCUUUAUCUAAGUUUUCCAGUAAUCUGACAAAGAGAGUAGUCAAAGAUAAAAUUCAUAGAGGAAUACCUCUUAAGUAUUAUAAUGAAUAUAAAAUUAUAGACAUGAUGUUCAAAUGCUUGCUGAAUGGACUGAUUUAAUGCUUGAGUAAGCAGUAGAAAAAAACUAAGGAUAAUCAGCAAAUAUGUAUGAAGAUUUGUAAUAAAUAUUUACACUUUGUUUAAAAGAAUUGAUACGUUAAAUUUCAUUUGAUUGUAUAGAAAAAAGGUACAUAUAAAUUUAUAUUAUAAAAAAAGUGUACUUUUAGAAAAGAUAUGGACUCAAUAUAUUGAAAUUAAUUAAUCUGUUUAUUAAUCAGUCCUUGAUUAAAAUAAUUCAUUAGAAAAGGAUCAUUUAUAAGAAGUAAUGAAAACUCAUUAAGCAUAUUAAAAUGAAAUAGAUAAAUAUUUAAUCAUUCUGAAGAAUCAAAAAACAGAUAUGGAUCAAAUUAUGGAAAGAUUGAUGAAGUUAAAAGGAAAUACUAAAUAUUUAAAAAAAAAUAAUAGAUAUUUGAAUUCAUAAAUAAAAGCAUUAAAGAUUGAAAUAUAGGAUCUAAAAAAUGAAAAUAAAUAAUAUUCUGAUUAAAUAGAGAAGAUUACAGAAGAUUUACAUGAAUAUUAAAGAAAUGUAUAACUGUAAUAUGAAUAAUUUUAAAUGUCAAACUAAUAUUAGACAAAAAUAGAAUAUGAAUAAGGUGUUGCUAAGAAAAAGAUUUUUAGAGCUGGAACAUAAAAAUAAUUAGUAAUUCAUUCUAUGCCUCAAUAUUAAUUACCAGAAAUCUUUCCAAUGAAAAGAAAAAGUUUUUAGAAUGUUGAAAAAUAACCAACAUAAUAAGAAAAAAUGAAAAUAAUUUUGAAUGAAAGUGCAUCAUUUAGUGAUAUUGAAAUAUUAUUAGAAGAAAGAGCUACUGAUACAGAUGAUCUAAAUUAAAUAUUAUAAUUAAGAAAAGAAGUUGAAAUCUAAACAAUAGAAAAGAAAAGUCUAUCUAUUUAAAUACCUAAGUAUAUAUUUAUAUAAUAUAUAUAUAGAUUUGAAUUAAGAGAUAGAAGAUAAUAAAUAAUAUAAACAGAAAUAUCUUAUUUAAAUAAAUCAACGAAGUUUACUCAAACUGAAUUUUCAGAUGAACUAUUAGAAUCGAUUAAAUUAGAAGAAGAACAUUUAUAACAAUUACAUGAAGCAAUCUAAAAAGCAACAGAAUAAUAUUAAAAAAUAUUAGAUUAAAUAGAAAAAGGACAAUAACCUAAAUUGAAAGAAUUAUUUGAACAUUUAGAUGAAUUUUCAAGUUAAAUGAAAGAUAACUUUAACAAAUAAAAAGAAGCCAGAACUAAUUUAAUAUUAGUUAAUAGUACUUUUAAAGAUGAAAAUAAUAGAAAGGAGGAAUAAUUAUAAUAAUAUGUAAUUAUUUCUUAUUUUAUUAAGUAAAAAAAAGUAGCAGAAUUAGAAAAAGCAAAUGAACUUGCCAAUUAAGAAAUGGGAGAACUUGAAGCUUAAUUGGAAAUUUAUGAGAAAGUAUAUACAAUAUUUAUUAAAAGAUAAAUGAGAAAAUAGAAAAAAAGUAUUAAAAAUUAAAAUCAAUCAAAACAAACAUGGUAGAAAAAUCACAAACUCUUGUUGUUUAACUUACUUAAACUCAUAAAUUUGCUGAAAUUAUGAAAAAAAGAAUUUAAGAUAAAAGAUUGAGCACUUUGGGACCUAUAUAAAAUAAUUAAAAAUCUAGGUUAUCAAAUGUAUCCCCUUUCGGAGCAUAAAUUACUUAAUCAAUUAGUUAACCUUAAAUAACAAUUUAACCUAGUUAGAGUGAGUAAUUAAUUUAAUUGGAAAAGAAAGAAGAAUUAUUGCCUAUUCCUGAGAAAUCUACUUUAAAGAAAUAAUCAAGUAAAAAGAAUUUAGUUCAAUAACCACCUUAACAAUAAGCAAUGUUAUAUAGAUAAACUUAAUCAUAAAAUACUUUAGAGUUACCUUUAUUAUAAUAAGACAAAUCUUUUACAUCUCAAUAUAAUAUUUCUGUAAUUGAACCUGAUGAUAAUUAAUUUGCAUCUCAAAAAUUUUCAUCUUAACAACCAAGUUAACAAUAAAGUGAAGAAGUAAUUUAAACUAUAAAUAUUUUAAUUAGGAAGGAACAGAUAUGUAAUUGACACCCAAAAGUAGAGCAUCUAAUUAAUCAAAACCUAGACCUACUUAUAAAAUUGUAAAUUUACAUAAUAUUGAUUAAUAGUAAUUACCUUCAAAUUCAAAUUAAGGUACUAAAAAAGGAUCAAAAACUUAAAAAAAAGGUUCUAUUAUGCCUUAGCAAAAUGAUUAGGUAUAAUUCUUUUAAGAAACAAUAACUAAUUUUAUAAACUAAAACUUUACUUCAAGUGAUUCUGAUAGUGAUGACUCAGAGUUUAAUCUAAGAUUAGAGGAAAUAAAAUAAAGGAAAAGAAAGAUAGGAUAAUCCAAGAAAUCAUAUUUUUCAUAAGCACCAAGUAAUAUUAUUAAAAUAUAUGAUUAGAAUUUCAAAACAAAUAAUCAUUAGACAGUCCAGGAUUGAAUAUGGUUAAGAAUAAUAUUGUAAAAUAAUUGGCAACUAAAUUUGUAACUAAUUAAAAGGAGAUAACUUCAAAAAUGAAAAAGGGUACAAUUUUAAAAUUCAUAUCAUAAUUUUAUGGAGAAAAACUAAAAUAAACUUAAAAUAAAACUUCAUUACAUAUAAUUUGUUAUGAAUACUUUUUUAAUACAUAUGGAUUUAAAAAUAUUGCAGAGUAAAAGUUAAUAGGUUUUUAUGAAUCAAUAUUUGUACAUAGAGAUAAUAUAAGAAUUAACUUAUUUGGUAGAUUCCUUUAACUUUAUAGUUCUUUGUCAGUUGAUGAUCUUGAGAUUUACAUUAAAACCUUAAAGCAAUUAGAUGAUGAGAAUUAAACACUAGAUACUGAAAAAGUAUUAAUUUAAUUUAAAGCAAGGGAUAAUUUAUUUUGGUGGAAAAAGCAAUUUAGAUACUCGAUCAAAUACAUUCAUAAAUCCCUUAAGAAUAUAGAAAUAACAUAGUGUCCGAUAUUAAAAUGAAUUAUAUUGAGAGAAAUAUGAAACCAUAUAUUGAUUAUGACUAUUAUAUAAGUAGAAUUUUGACAGGUAAGAAAAUAGAAUGAUGAUUUAGGAUAUUAAAUUGUAAAGAAGAUGCAUAUGACACAUUAUUAAGAAGUUUUUAAUUCUGCUGAUAUGGAUUUAGAUAAUAUGAUGGAGUAUUAAGAAUUCAAGAAAUUAUAUUAUUAUUUUGAAACUUGUUAGGGUAAUUAAAUUCCUGAAAGUAUGAUGGAAAGUUAAUUUAUAUCAAGAUGUGAUUUAAUAUCAAAUAAUGAAGGGGAAAGGGCGAUGUCUUUUGAUAGAUUUAUAACAUUCUCAAUAGAACAUAAUUUAUUUUCAGAAGAUAAGUUUACGGUAUUAAAGAAUAAAAAUAUUUUGUAGAAUUUUGCAAAUAGUGUAAUGGAGGAAGAUCCAAUAAAAAGUAUAGAAGAUUUGCAUAAUCAUUGGAUUGAUGUAAAAACAAGGUUGGGAAUUAGGGUUUAAUAUGCAGGUGAAGAUGAAAUUGAAUAUUUUCAAAGCGUUAUAAAAAAAUUAGACAAAGUAAAUUCUUGAUUAAUAAAAAGGCAUUAACAAAUGAUGAUAAAAGAUAAAGUAUAUGGAUUUCAUAUAGAAUAAUUGAUAAUGAUACAAGAUAGUUAUACAUAAACAAAUUAGUAGAAGGGUUAAUUCCAGCUGAAUUCAAUCAAAUUAUUGAGAUUGAUGAUUAUUUAUCUGAAGACAAUAACUGA